AUGCGUGCGCAACCCAAAGACGCGCUGCAGCACAUGCUGAAUUGCUUCGAUGCACCCGCCCGAGAAGCGCACGUGCUGCUGGCUCCGGGCUGCGGUUUCGACUACGCGGUUCCCGACGUCGCGGCGGCACUGGCAGAGCGGGGCGCGCGGGCAGCUCUCGGCCGGGCUCCCGUCCGGUUGCGGCAGGUGUUCGCAGUCCGCCCGGGACCGCAUUCUGGUCCCGUGUUCAGCGCCAAGUGGAUCGAUGCGUUACUCACGAAGCCAAAUCAGCAGCCACAGGGGCGUCGGGCGGCUGAGACGUAUUCGGCACAGCACCACUUCCUUGCCGGAGGAGGUGCUGGCAGUGGUGCCAGCGGCGAAGGCAUUACCGCAGCCAGCUCUGCCGGUGCCAGGGGUGCAGCUGCAACGCUGCAAGGCGGUGGUUGUGCUGGCGGCACGGAAGCAUGUGUCGUCAGCGACCCGGGCAGCGCUUCUCACUCUCGGGCUGCGAAGGAUGUACUUUGGAACCCGCCACCCAGUUGGGGCCCUUGGCUGAGCUACUGCCCAGAGCUGCACGCCUGGACAAUACCCUUCCCCUUAGGAGGCGCCGCCGCGCGGUUUCUGUUCGCCUGGCGACACCAGCUCGAACGCCAAGAACAACAUAAGCAACAGGAUCAAGAGGAACGGCAACAGCAGCAAGAGCUGGGGCGGGAGGGCGGUGCCGUAGGCCCCACGUUCUGGACUAGGAAUGAUUCCGCAGCCGCCGCGGGUUCCGUUUCUCGGCUGGAGCCAGAGCCGGAGCCGGAGCUCGACUCGCGCAUCGUCCUGCCACUACCGGUGCUGGCGCCGCUCCCGCCGGGCCGUACUGCCCUGGCGGUGCUGGCGGCGGCGCCCCUGCUGCCCCCGCUGCUCUGCCUCUGCCUGGCGCUGUGCUGGCUAGCACUGUGGUUGGUGGUGGUGCCCAGCGUGGCAUUGCUGCUGGCGGCACGGCAGUGGACGUGUGGGGUUGUGCUGUUGCGCCGCUGGCUGAUAGUACUGAGCUUGGGACUCCUAACAGAUGACGAGGCUCGGGCGGCCCAGGCGGUUUCAGAGCUCCGGUUUGAGAUGGUGCUGACGGCGGGGGCCUUCCCGCCGGCAAACGCACCUGCCGACAGGCUGGCGGCGCCAGCUGCCGCGGCGGAGGCCGCUGCCACGGAGGCCGCGGCCCUUAGCCAUGGUACCACAUACCAGAGGCAGCGGCGGCGAUGCCAGGUAUUUCGAAUGCAUGUGGCGGGGCCGGCCGCGGGCAAAUGGCACGACCUCACAUCCGCCUGCCUGGCACGUGCGGCGCUGGAGCUGUUAGCAGCAGCAAAGGCCGAGGCGAUGGCAGCGGGGUCGGUGCGGCCGGCGCCUGGCGCUGGAGAGUUGGCGGCAGGUUCAGUACUGGUUCCGGAGCCCGCUCACGCAAGCAGCCUUGGUAGGACACGGGUUGAAGGAUAUGCAUUGAGCGCGCUGAGGCGGGGCGGCGGCCUGAUUACUCCCGCACAGCUCCUGGCGGGCUCCGGGGAACAGUGUGUAUUUUGGGAUGCGCUGCAGCGUGACCUUGGAGUGGAGCCUGUUUUUCCUUACCGCCGUAACGGUAAGGGAGUGCCGCCUCCACGGUUCUUCGGAGUCCAUGAAUUCCUUGGUAUCUUCGUCGCACUCGUGAUGGGUCUUCAGCAUGCGCUCGCGAUGGUGGGCGGCCUGAUUACACCACCGUUGCUUAUAUCUAACCUGGCUUUUGGGCGUCGUCCGAUCACAAAUAUACCUUACGCGUCGGGAAAUCCUUCCGAAAUUCAACGCUAUCUGGUGCAGGCUUCGCUCAUCGUGUGCGGCAUCAUGACCUUUGUCCAGGUGGCUGGGUUCCGCAUCUUCAGGUCUCCCUUCCAGCUGGGCGCCGGUGUACUCAGCUGCAUGGGCGUGUCCUUUACGACGGUCCCGAUCGCCACCUCAGUCAUAAACGUGCUCAUGAAGGAGCAGGGCUUCACGUUUGAGGAGGCGUACGGCAAGCUGCUGGGCACUUUGAUGCUGUGCUCCAUCAUCCCCACCAUUCUGUCGUUCUUUCCAAUCAGGAUCAUCAAAAAGAUCUUCCCGCCCAUUGUGUGCGGUGUGGUGAUCAUGCUGAUCGGCGUACACCUCAUUGCUGCCGGGUUCAAGAACUGGGGGGGCGGCGCCUUCUGCGCGGACAACUACCUGCACGGACCCACCCCGACGACCUUUUUAAAUGUGCCCAGCAAACUCGCCAACGGCACCACCAUCUACAAGAACGUCACCGCAUACGUGGCUCCCGGUGUCAAGUGCGGGGACCUGACCAAGACGGAGGUGCAACUGCCAUUCGGGUCGCAGCAGUACAUUGGACUGGGCUUUAUCGUAUUCUUCUCCAUCAUCUUUUUGGAGAUCUUCGGCUCCCCCUUCAUGCGCAAUGCCUCCGUCAUCCUGGCGCUGCUGUUUGGCUAUCUGAUUGCCGCGUGCAUCAAGUUCGAGGGCAAGAAGUACGUGGUCACCACCAAGAUUGACCAGGCCCCGGGAAUUACCUUUUUGUGGACGCGGACCUUCCCCAUAGGGUUUUACGCUCCCGCUAUAGUGCCGCUCUGCAUCGUGUUCAUCAUCACCUCCAUCGAGACGGUGGGCGACACCGCGGCCACCCUGGAGGCCUCCCGCAUGGCGGUGGACGGUCCGGAUGCCACCCGCCGCAUCAAGGGCGCCCUCCUCAAUGACGGCGUCAGCGGCUUGUUCUCGGCACUCGCCACGUCACUGCCCCUCACCACCUUCGCACAGAACAACGGUGUCAUCUCACUCACCAAUGUGGCGAGUCGGCAAGCGGGUUUCGCGGCGGCCGCCUGGCUGUUCCUCCUGGGUAUCCUUGGCAAGGUUGGCGCCUGGAUCACGACUAUUCCCGAGGCUGUGCUGGGUGGCAUGACCACGUUCCUAUUUGCGAACGUGAUUGCCUCGGGCAUCAAGAUCAUCGUCAACGGCGACCCGCUCACCCGCCGCUCCCGCUUCAUCCUGGCCUGCUCCCUGGCUCUGGCCUUCGGCGUGGAGCUGGUACCCCAGUGGGCUCAGAGUCAGCUGUGGCCCGUUACGCCGGACAUGUCGAGCGGAGUGCGCGGUAUCCGCGACGCCAUCAUCCUGGUGCUGUCCACCUCGUUCACCUUUGGGGCCGUGACGGCGCUCAUCCUCAACCUCAUCAUCCCCGUGGAUGCCUCCAACCCAACUUCCACCGGCACGGAACACGCCUCAGGCGACAUGCGAGGUGGCGAUGUCAGCGGGGCCGGCGGCCAGCGGAUCAACCUAGCGGCCUUCAGGGCCCUCCAGGCGUCCGCUGGCCCGAUAGGCCGCCUGAUCCGCGAAGCCUGCUCUGUCCCGCGCACCCGGUGCGACAUCAAGCCGGAGCUUUCCGACGGGACUCCAAGCCCGCCCUGUGAAAUGCGCAAAUUCGGCUCUGGCUGGGGCGCGCACAAGCUGUGCACACCACCAGCCCCUGAGCCGAAUACGCGUUGCGUCUUCUACUCUUUCGGCAUAUCCGACGAUUACAGCUUUGACGUUGACCUGGCCAAGUUUACUAAUUGCCACGGUUUUGCCUUCGACCCUACUGUCGUACACCCCGGACUGUUGCUCGAACAGCCGCCUGUAUCCUUUCACGCCAUCGCGGCCAGGUCGUUAAACGAAGACUUGAAUGCCAAAUGGCACGCGGUGACCUCGGUCCCGGCACUUCGGCGCUGGCAAAACCACAGCCAGGUGCUGGUGAUUAAAAUGGACUGCGAGGGCUGUGAGUACUCCAUUGCCCGCGACGUGCUGGCGGAGGAUCCGCAGUUCUUUAACCACGUACAGCAGUUUGCGGUCGAGAUCCACAUCGCCAAGAAGUGGAUCUGGAGCCGGAACCACACUCUGAAUCUAGGCCACCUGUACACGCUGCUGGAUGCGGCGGGGUUGGCGCUGCGGCACGCCUCACUGACACCGUGCAACCGGCGGCACGAGGCAAGCGGAUGUGACGAGACGUUGUUGGAGCUCGGGUACCCGUGCUGGGACGGCAUCAUGUGUCAGAACUUGCUGUUUGCAAGGUCGUGA